GUGCUGUGUCCCUCACACACAGCGGAUCACGGAAAGAGCCAAAGAUUUCGGCUUGUUCAUGUGAUCAGCUGUGUCCAAUCACAGCUGAUCACAUCUGUCAUGCUGACAGUGUCGCCUAUCAGUGCGCAUCAGUGCCAGUCAGUGCCGCCUAACAGUGCCAGUCAGUGCCGCCUAUCAGUGCCAUAUAUUAGUGUCAUGUAUCAGUGCUGCCUUUCAGUGCCAUCAGUGAUACCUGUCAAUGCCCAUCAGUGCAACCUACCAGUGCCUCCUCAUCAGUGCCACCUAUCAGUGUCCAUCAGUGCAGCCUAUCAGUGCCCAUCACUGCAGCCUCAGUAGCGCACAUCAGUGAAGGAGAAAAAUCACUUAUUUACAAAAUUGUAUAA